GUGCGCGCCCCACGGCGGCGAGGUGCCCAUGAAGGCGCUGUCGAGAUGCCGCUGGUGAAGUCGGCGGUGUACGAGGCGCUGCGGAUCGAGCCACCCGUGGCGAUGCAGUACGGGCGCGCCAAGCGGGACAUGGUGGUGGAGAGCCACGACUACGGGUUCGAGGUGCGCGAGGGGGAGAUGCUCUUCGACUACCAGCCCAUGGCCACCAAGGACCCGCGCGUCUUCGCGAGGCCCGAGGAGUACGUGCCCGACAGGUUCCUCGGAGACGACGGCGCGCGCCUGCUCCGCCACGUCGUCUGGUCCAACGGGCCCGAGACCGCGUCGCCCACGCUGCAGGACAAGCAGUGCGCCGGCAAGGACUUCGUCGUCCUCAUCGCGCGCCUCCUCGUCGCCGAGAUCUUCCUCCGGUACGACUCCUUCGACGUCCAGGUCGGCGCCUCCGCGCUGGGGUCGUCGGUGACCGUCACCUCGCUCAAGAAAGCCACCUUCUGAUUCUGAGCUCUGCCUCUGAUCGACCGCCCGUCGAAGUCUCACCGCAGCAGGCGGCGUGCAGAUUUUUUACUGUAGAAUAUACUGCGCUGCCCCCUCUCUCUCUCUCUCUCAAUAUUUCUCCAAGUGUUGUGCUACUGACCUACUGUGUCAGUGUCACUGUAUGAUCGGCAGGCAUGGAUAUGGAAGUGUAACCAAAUUUCUUUUCUUGGUAAAACAAGAGAAUACUUUUCCCCAGGGACC